AUGAAUAUAGGUUUACUAUCAUGGUGUAAAAUAUUAUCGCUAGUACUUCUCUGCCGACUAUACGUAGCCGCUUGUGACCACUCCGGUAGUACUGAGAAUUCAAAUUCUCAAGACGAAGGUGCCAGACCUAUAUACUCCUCCAACAGAAACAACUCAAACAGCUAUGGAGGCGAAUCAAAGAUCAUAUACCCGGACAGAAUCGAUUCACAGAACCGUCCACGCGACUCCUACCGUUCGCCUAAGCGAAGGUACCGCACAGGCACCUCCAGGAAAAUCACCGACUACAGAUAUUUGGACAACCCCAAGAUGCAGGUCCAAAACGACGAGGAGAAUCGACACUCGUCCCACCGUCGCGAAAGGUACGACUCACAUUAUACCUCUGCGAGAUCCAGAUAUGAACCACGUAUGUCCCCCGUAAGAUCAAGGUACGACCCCCGUAGUACCUAUGGAAGUCACAGGUAUGACUCACAUAGUACCGAUGGAGGAACGAGGUAUGAUCCUCGCAUGAAUUAUUUGAGUAAUAAAGUGUUGAUGAUUUUAGACCUCAAUAACACACAGAAUCCAUACGGGUACGAUGUAAAGUUUGACGGGAACAAGACAAUUUGUAAGUCUAUUCACCCCUACCUGUUUGGUUCUGUGCAAAGGGGCAGCACAAUUCUUUGGAGGUCAAAGACAGGUGACUAUCCUUACAAGGUGGUUUGCAAAACCGUUGACGGAACUGACACGUGCAAGGUAUACUUCCCAGACUACGAGAGGAACAUUCCUCCCGCGAGGCCCACUCGCGUGGACGUUUUCAGGAGAGUAGGUGACACAAAAUUCGGUUCUGAAUACAUGGCCGCACAAGUUACUUCAGGCACUCACGAUCACUUGGGUCCGGAAAUGUACGGACAAUGGGGACAGUUCAUGGGUCCCAAACACAUACCCACGGGUGAAAAUCAACCCACUCCACACACAUCGCUUAAUGUAAAACCAGAUGAAACAUCUGUCCCACCAGACGAGGCAGCAGCUGGAGAUGAGUCAGCAGCAGGAAAACCGCCAGUGGAUGGAUCUGCCCAAGCACAAGGAGAACUUGCAGCUGAAGACGUUAAAAAGGCUGAGGGCGAUGGGAUGAAGGCCGAUGUACCAUCCGCUGGUCCAGGCGCUAGACCGUCUGCGAUGCCAGGUGUUUGGCCAGCUGCUAUGCCAGGAGCUAUCCCAUAUCCAAUGCCAGGUUUUGUCCCAGGUUAUCGUCCCGGUGAAACGGAACCUGUAAGCCACGUUGAAAUGAUGUCAGACUACUUCAACCAGUCCUACGGGCCAUACCGACGUCCAGAAUUUCAGCCAGUGCCAGGCUAUAAUUUGCCACAUCAAUCGCAUCACCACCACAGAUCGGCACAGACCGACUAUCACCAAGAACCAUUUUUCCAUUCAGAUCCUCUUUAUGACGACAAUUACAGCGACAACCAGGAUUACAUUGAAUUUACUGAUUAUUCAAAUCCUGCGUAUCCACAAAGACCCGAUCCGAUGAUAAUUGAUCCUUCCGGAAGGACUGGCUUCAGGUCACACUUCGCCCCCAGGGACGUUGUAGUGUCCACAGAUCAAGACAGGCAGGGUGCGUUUGACGUUAACGUUGACCGCAAGAAGCGCGAAAACCUUGUCUUGACGUUCGCAAACAAGUCUAACGUGUACGUGUUAGACGGGUAUCAACACUCGUUUGCACUCAACCAGUCCAACAGUGAGUCAGGCACAAACGACCAGGUCUCAGCAAAUAACGCAAACCAGCAAAUUAGAUUCAAUACUCAGGAUCCAAACCGGGUAACGUUAGACGCAGGGUCUGUGCGGAUGACCUUUCCCGCCCAGGUAAUAGACGGAGUUCCACUGCCAACGGGAGUUCAGCCAGCUAGAAGUACUACCCAGGCAAAUUCAAACGUGAUUAAUGACGCACAGAAUGCUCAAGCUUCAUCAUCUGCACAGAAUCAAAGACCCGCCGCAGGUGCAAGCACAAGCGCCAAUGCAUCUAGUCAGCAGGCACCAACUCCACAGGGCGGUAAUCAGCAGCCAGUAAGUAUACCUGCACCGACUCAACAAGCCAUCAGACCUCAACCGGUACCUCAACAGACACCUAGACCCCAACCUGCAUCUCAGCCAGUGACACCAAGGCCUGCUACUCAAUCGGUCACACCAAAGCCAGCUACGCAAUCGGUUACACCAAAACCAGCCGGACCAACUCAACCACCAGCCCGUCAAGCAGCAGGUUCUAGUCAAGCUCAGGCAUCAGAAGGUGCGGGAUCGGACGGAGACAUUAUAUUUGCUGAUGAUUAA